AUGGCGGACGGUAUCGAUCGCAAGGCGGAGGAGCGCAUGGAGUUCACUACGUCCGCUGACGUAUCAGUGGCGCCGACAUUUCAAUCAAUGCAUCUCAAGGAGAACCUUCUUCGAGGCAUCUACGCCUACGGAUACGAGUCCCCCUCGGCUGUUCAGUCUCGCGCAAUUGUCCAGAUCUGUAAGGGUCGCGACACCAUUGCCCAGGCGCAAUCGGGUACGGGUAAAACAGCUACCUUCUCGAUCAGUAUGCUUCAGGUCAUCGACACGGCCGUCCGCGAGACUCAAGCCCUCGUCCUGUCUCCCACUCGAGAACUUGCGACACAGAUUCAGUCGGUUGUUAUGGCUCUGGGAGACUAUAUGAAUGUACAAUGCCACGCUUGCAUCGGAGGCACCAAUGUUGGGGAGGAUAUCCGCAAGCUUGAUUAUGGACAGCAUAUUGUUUCUGGGACCCCAGGACGAGUGGCUGACAUGAUUCGCCGACGAAACCUUCGAACUCGCCAUAUCAAAAUGCUGGUUCUUGACGAGGCUGACGAGCUGUUGAACCGCGGUUUCAGAGAGCAAAUCUAUGACGUUUACAGAUACCUCCCUCCUGCGACCCAGGUUGUGGUUGUUUCUGCUACUCUCCCUUACGAUGUGCUCGACAUGACCACCAAAUUCAUGACGGAUCCCGUUCGUAUCCUAGUCAAGCGUGAUGAAUUGACUUUGGAAGGCCUCAAGCAAUACUUUAUCGCAGUCGAGAAGGAGGAUUGGAAGUUCGAUACCCUGUGCGAUCUCUACGAUACCCUCACUAUUACACAGGCGGUUAUCUUCUGCAACACGCGCAGAAAGGUCGAUUGGUUGACGGAUAAGAUGCGCGAGGCCAACUUCACGGUUUCCUCGAUGCACGGGGAGAUGCCACAGAAGGAGAGAGACAGCAUCAUGCAGGAUUUCCGCCAGGGAAACUCGCGGGUUCUGAUCUCUACGGAUGUCUGGGCUCGUGGUAUCGACGUCCAGCAGGUCUCGUUGGUCAUCAACUACGACUUGCCUAGCAACCGUGAGAACUACAUCCACAGAAUCGGUCGCAGUGGUAGAUUCGGACGCAAAGGUGUGGCGAUCAAUUUUGUGACUAGCGAAGACGUCAGAAUAUUGAGAGAUAUCGAGUUAUACUACUCGACUCAAAUCGAUGAGAUGCCGAUGAACGUUGCGGAUCUUCUGACAUAG